CGGAGGAGGGGCCGCAGUCAGUGCCGAGGCGAGGCGGGUGUGUGGGUCUGUCGGACGGUACCGCCGUUACCGGAGCCCCGUGGGACGGGCGGUGCUUGUCUCGCUCCUCUGCCGCCACCAUGUCGCGUGAGCCCGAGAUCAUGGAGUCGCAGGUGAUGUGGGAGCCGGACACCAAGCGCAACACCCACAUGGACCGGUUCCGCGCCGCCGUGGCCAGCAGCUACGGGAUCCGCCUGGCCAACUAUGAUGACUUAUACCAGUGGUCAGUGGAAUCCUACUCAGACUUCUGGGCAGAAUUCUGGAAGUACAGUAACAUCGUAUGCUCUCGCCUGUAUGAUGAGGUGGUUGAUACAUCCAAAAGUAUUGCAGAUGUCCCGGAAUGGUUUAAGGGCAGCCGUCUGAACUAUGCAGAGAAUCUCCUGAAGCACAAGGACAAUGACAAGAUUGCACUGUAUGCAGCAAGGGAAGGCAAAGAAGAAAUCUUGAAAGUUACUUUUGAAGAACUGAGACAAGCUGUAGCUUUAUAUGCUGCAGCCAUGAGGAAGAUGGGAGUAAAAGCAGGAGACAGAGUUGUUGGUUACUUACCAAACAGCAUCCAUGCUGUGGAAGCAAUGCUGGCUGCUGCGAGCAUCGGUGCAAUCUGGAGCUCCACAUCACCAGACUUUGGCAUUAACGGUGUGCUGGAUAGAUUUUCCCAAAUUCAGCCUAAACUUAUAUUCUCUGUCGAAGCUGUAAUAUACAAUGGCAAAGAGCACAACCACUUGGAAAAGCUGCUGAGGGUGGUAAAAGGGCUUCCAGAUCUAAAAAAAGUGGUAGUGAUUCCAUACGUCUCAUCAAGAGAAACCAUAGAUAUUUCCAAGAUUCCAAACAGUGUCUUUUUAGAAGACUUCCUGGCUACUGGGAAAGGAGACCAGGCUCCCCAGCUGGAGUUUGAGCAGCUGCCUUUCAGUCAUCCUCUCUUCAUCAUGUAUUCAUCGGGCACAACAGGGGCACCGAAAUGCAUGGUGCAUUCAGCAGGGGGCACACUAAUACAGCACCUGAAGGAACACAUUCUUCAUGGCAACAUGACCAGCAGUGAUGUGAUUAUGUACUACACAACGACUGGCUGGAUGAUGUGGAAUUGGCUAGUGUCUGCACUUGCUACAGGAGCUUCAGUGGUCCUGUAUGAUGGAUCUCCUCUAAUUCCUUCACCAAAUGUGCUCUGGGACUUGACUGACAGACUAGGGAUCACCAUCCUUGGAACGGGUGCAAAAUGGCUGGCUGUGCUAGAAGAGAAAAAUUUAAAACCAUGUGAAACACACAAUCUCCAAACACUCCACACUAUCUUGUCUACAGGAUCACCACUCAAAUCUCAAAGCUACGAGUAUGUCUACAAACACAUAAAAAGCAGUGUCCUCCUGGGAUCCAUUUCAGGUGGAACAGAUAUCAUUUCAUGUUUCAUGGGUCAGAAUGUUACAGUUCCAGUUUACAAAGGAGAAAUUCAGGCCAGAAAUCUUGGAAUGGCUGUAGAAGCGUGGAACGAUGAAGGAAAACCAGUUUGGGGUGAAAGUGGAGAGCUGGUUUGUACCAAGCCUAUUCCCUGUCAGCCCACACACUUCUGGAAUGAUGAGAAUGGAAGCAAAUACAGGAAGGCUUAUUUCUCAAAAUUCCCAGGUGUCUGGGCCCAUGGUGAUUACUGCAAAAUUAAUCCCAAGACUGGAGGAAUUGUCAUGCUGGGCCGCAGUGAUGGUACAUUAAAUCCAAAUGGAGUAAGAUUUGGAAGUUCUGAAAUCUAUAACAUAGUGGAAGCCUUUGAGGAGGUUUCUGAUAGCCUCUGUGUCCCUCAGUACAACAAAGAUGGGGAGGAGAGGGUGAUACUCUUCCUGAAGAUGGCAUCAAACCACACGUUCAGCAAGAGCCUGGUGAAGAGGAUCCAGGACGCGAUCCGGAUCGCGCUCUCCGCCAGGCAUGUUCCCAGCCUCAUCCUGGAAACCAAAGGCAUUCCGUAUACAAUAAAUGGGAAAAAAGUGGAAGUAGCUGUGAAGCAAAUAAUUGCAGGGAAAGAAGUUGAGCAGCGGGGAGCUUUCUCAAACCCAGAGGCUUUGGACCUGUACAAAAAUAUUCCUGAGCUUCAAGACUAUUAAAGUCACUUACUUGGGUUUUUUUGCA